AUGCUGUUCAACGGCAUGGCUUCGGUGGUGGACUGCGCGGCGCAAACACCUUCGAGGCGUCUGGAAUCCGUCGAGCUGAUCGUGAAGUUUAACAAGUGCGAUAUGCGGCAAUACAAGCUAUUGACUGGCUGCGUCAGGUCCUCUGUAAUGUAUCCCCAAAAGAAAAAAAAAAUGACAUUAUUUCUCACCUCCGCAGCUCAGAAGUACGACGCAUUCUUGGUGUCGAAGCCCGUGCUGGGAAAGUUCAACGCCUACUUCGGCUACGCCUUGGCGGGAGCGGGCAAGGCGCCCCCCUUCGGCCUGUCCGUCGAACAACCCGUGAUGGCCGGGGUCGAGGAGGCCAAGAACACAGCCAGGAUCCGCAGGAAGCGCAACGAGCUUGUGGUCAUCGUGGGUCACGUGACCAUGCUACCGGAGCACUUGACGCAGAACGUGAACCGGGUCGUGACACAUCUGACCCGCAUGCUGACCGAAAAUCCAGACGUUGCCGUCCGCUCGGUCUGCAUCAAGAGCAGAUCGGGACCCAAACUGAAGCUCUGCUGA